AUGCCCGAGCACCACCCCGACCAACCCAGGUUUCUCAAUCCAGGCUCACCGCAAGCAACGCCAAGCACCCUGACCUCCACAAAAACCUGUCAGGAUGCCGACAGCCCUAAGGUGGAGUCCCUAGAUGGCAUUACACGCAAAGCCGCAGGGGAGGACAAAAGCGGUGACAUAAACGAAGGAGAUCGUCUUGUUCCUUCUGCUAGUGAGAGUGAGGAGUACGAUGACAGUGGCGAUGAGAGCUUCACUCCGAACUCAGAAGUUGCUGACAGUGACGUCGAAUCCCUCUCAACAGCCAGCUCCUCCAACGGUCACCAAGAAGAAGAGGACAUAAGCAACUUCUUGUUCGAGGGGGACCUACGAGCUCGGGUAACUGAGAUUAUUAACGCUGACUCGUGCGAAAAGCACUGCGUGCAGGGAAAAGUUCGAGAGCUCGAGCAUUUGCUGACAUCGCUCAAUCAAAUGACGAAAAGCGAGCGCAUGAAAAGUUUGUACACGCUGCUGGCACUUUUCAUGAUCGCUCCGACGGCAGAGCGCAAGCGCGGCUAG